AUGGAUAUGCUAUGCAAGGAUGCCGUUCAAAUGGCGAUUGACGAAUACAUCGAUGGCUUAGCAGAGCCGUUGCGUGCGCUAAACGAAAAGAUCCACAGAACUCCAGAACUUGCGUACGAGGAACAUUUUGCCCAUGACGCCAUCUGCGAUUUCCUCGAAUCCCAAUGGAUCCUAGUUACGCGCCACGCAUAUGGCCUCAAUACCGCUUUCGAGGCCAAAGUUGGCAACAGAGAUAGUUUCUGCGUGAAUUUCAAUGCGGAAUACGAUGCUCUGCCUGAUAUCGGACAUGCGUGCGGUCAUAACCUUAUUGCAAUUUCCAGCAUCACCGGCUUUCUAGCUCUGGCAUAUGCAAUUGAGAAAUUUGGUAUUACUGGUCAUGCUCAACUAUUGGGAACCCCGGCCGAAGAAGAUGGCGGCGGAAAAAUCGACCUGAUCAAUGCGGGGGCGUACCAGGCAUCCGAUGUGUCUUUGAUGAUGUAUGUACCUCCCAUUGUGUCGAUAUCGAGAUUGAAGUAUCAGCGCACUAACUAA